UUUUGGGAGGUUUGGAAUGGGGGUUAGGGGAAUUUCAUCGGGCCGAUGAAAAUUUUUGAAGGCGUAAUGUAUUAAAUGAUUUGGAAGUUUGUACGUGUAAAUGUGAGUCUUUAGUGUAUUAUAUAAUAAGCAUAUAGUUUUGUAAUAAUUAUAAAUGAAACAAAUAUAUGAUUCCAGGAAGCUGUAAAAAAAAUUGCAGUAAUUUAAAAUAUAAAUGCUCCAGAUGGUUCCCAUGCUGUUCUAGAAAGUUUCGUUAAUUUAAACAAUUUGAUCAUAUAUGGUAUGAGGAGAUGGUAUGUUACAGGAAAGGAAAAGGAUGAGGAAUAAUAUAAACAAUUAUAUAAAUCAUAUAGUGAGUUGAUAAAUUUACAUGCAGACAGUAAAAUUACCACAUUUCCUCACCCCAUACGAACAGCGACACAAAAGCACACACAAAAAAAAUUCACCUGAAUAAUCACGACUUCGAUACACACAAAAAAAUAUUACGGUAAUGACAAAAGUAACUUACUUUCGAAUUGAAAUGUUGUUAAAAUUUGCUACUUUAAAAGUUUUUUUCUUGUUUUGAAAAUGAAAACUUUUACUGCUACAGUUUUUGAAAAUCUCUUUGCUCACUGAUUUAAAAGUUUUUACUUUCAAUUCGACUGUAAAAUUUCUUUCAUUUUGACGUUCUCGUGUAACCGUGUACGCCUAAGUCGCAAAUGUAAACAAACACUUUGGUGGGUCCGGUGGUGCUGGUGAGUCUAGGACGCAAAGCAAAGCCGACCGCGGCAGCAGCCAGGACUCGGACGCGGAAACCUUCGUGAGCCAAACAGCAGCAGCGGAACGCCUCCGAAGGAGGGUGGUGCAGGAGCGGGACGAUGUUGAGUGCUCGAAAAGGACAAGGCCAGCUUCCUGCAGGAACUGCAGCUGUUCCACGGCCGGAAUGCGUAAGAAGGAAGCUUGGGUGUUUUGGGGGGUUUGUGAUUGAUUUUGUUUGUUUUUGUAGGAUGAGAGGUAGGAAUGUGGAUUCGCACCGGUUGCAUUCGGUGGUGGUGGCCCGGGAUUGGGGCGAUAUCAUCGAGGAGAUGGCGCUGCCGAAGCGUUGCGUGAACAACGAGAUUGCGUUGAAGAAGAUUAACUUCCGGUUUUUGGACAAGUACGAGAAAGUUUAUUUUCACGGUGAGGAGAAGGAUCCGACGAAGAGGAGGACGACGAAAAGCUACAUAAUCGGAGGUGGUCAGCGCAGAUGUUGCACUCGGUGCCGGCGGUUUACAACACCGCAACUUCCCGCCCACAAACACUCUCCUCGCGACGGCGCAGCUUCAGCCUGGACAGUUAGCCAAAAAAAAUCUGUGUCAUUCCCGAAGUAGGAUUACGUGCUCAAAAUCGAAUUCCGUUCCGAGGGCCUCAUCAACUCCAUGUUCCGGAUGCGCUUCCAGGAUCGGGAACUCCCCGUUCAGGCACUUUACUUUCCAGCCGGAAAACGUCGACCACCCUUCCCGAAUCAACGGCCAACUCCUCCAAGACUAUCCUGAUUGAGGCCGGAAACGUGACCAUCGUGUUACACUGCUGUCGCGCGUCGAAACCUCCAUCCGGAACUGUCCUGGGGUAUUCGGAAGUGACCGGUGGCGUACCGUAUGAAUCGGUACAGCUUGGACUCGGAUAUUGG